CGCAGUGAGGUGGAAGGGGGGCGGGACGUCGAGUGUUUAUGCACGUAAUGGCGGCGGACAGGCUGUGAUGAGCCACGGCGGAAAAAACACAUUCAGCGAUCCAGCCAUCGGUACAUCUCCACACCGGCCGCACAGAAGAACACGAAAAUGCAGAUCACGUUGAAAACCCUCCAGCAGCAGACGUUUAAAAUCGACAUCGACGCGGAGGAGACGGUAAAGGCUUUAAAAGAAAAAAUAGAGAAUGAAAAGGGCAAGGAUGGCUUUCCAGUGGCUGGACAGAAGUUGAUAUAUGCAGGCAAAAUCCUGAACGAUGACACAGCGCUCAAGGAGUAUAAGAUCGACGAAAAGAACUUUGUGGUGGUUAUGGUAGCAAAGCCUAAAGCAGCUCCUGCAUCUGCCCCCUCAUCUGCUGCCACGGCAACCAGCGCCGCUUCUUCCAGCACUACGGUCACCACGAGCCCCUCCUCUGCCCCACCUGCUGAGACCCCCUCUGAGACCGCCCCGAAAGAAGACAAACCUGACGAGGAGAAACCAGCCAGCGACGCCGCGCCAUCUACACCUGCCAGUUCUGUUUCUGCAUCAAAUGCAAACAUAUUUGAUGAGGCGACAUCUGCGCUGGUGACAGGGCAGUCGUAUGAGAACAUGGUGACGGAGAUGAUGCUGAUGGGAUACGAGAGAGAGAGAGUGGUGGCGGCACUGAGAGCCAGUUUCAACAAUCCUGACCGUGCCGUCGAGUACCUGCUCACGGGCAUACCUGCAGAGGGAGAGGGCAGUGUAGGGGGUGCUGAUCCAGUGGCUCCUGCAGGUGGCACUCCUGCUGCAUCCACAGGCCUCUCUUCCCCGUCCAUUACCACCCCAUCCCAGCCCAGCACAGGAUCAGGAGUGAAUCCUCUGGAGUUCUUGAGGAACCAGCCGCAGUUCCUGCAGAUGAGACAGAUCAUCCAGCAGAACCCGUCUCUCCUCCCAGCUCUACUACAACAAAUCGGCAGAGAGAACCCUCAGCUCCUGCAGCAAAUCAGCAGCCAUCAGGAGCAGUUCAUCCAGAUGCUCAAUGAGCCCAUCCAAGAGGCGGGGCAAGGUGGAGGUGGUGGGGGCGUGGCUGAGGCAGGAGGCGGGCACAUGAACUACAUCCAGGUCACACCCCAGGAGAAAGAAGCCAUUGAGAGGCUAAAAGCCCUGGGAUUCCCAGAAGGACUCGUUAUACAGGCCUACUUUGCUUGUGAGAAGAAUGAGAAUUUGGCUGCAAACUUCCUUUUACAACAGAACUUUGAUGAUGAUUAAAGGUGGAAUGGGCAUCCUGAUCUUUUUCCCCUUUUAUGUUUUUUUCUUUUGAUUGAUCAUUUUGGAAAAGAAAGAAAUCUAUACAGAUACACAAACACACACAGGCUCUGUCUAAAUUUUACACACUGGAUGGCAUGAGCACAUCUGUUUGGAGAUGAAGACAUCAAUCGUUCGUCUCCAGCAAUCAGUAAAAGCCUCUUUGCUUCAUCUAACAUUUGCCUGUGUGUUACCUGAUUAUUUUACAAUUGUUUGUUUUUUUACAACCAAUAAAGAGCAUAUUUUCUCUC